AUGGCGAUGAUGAUGACUGGCCGUGUGCUGCUGGUGUGUGCCCUCUGCGUGCUGUGGUGCGGUGCCGGCGGUGGCUACGCGUGGCCCUACAAGGAAUGUGAAGGCGAUGAUAAAUCCUGCUUUAGUCACAGUCAGUACAAGAGUGUAUAUAACAGUUCAAUUCGAUCUCGGUAUUUGGGUGAGACGGAUUCGACAUCUACGGGAUUGUUUGAUUCUUCCACUGGUUCGACUGGAAAUGGCGGUGACGUCUCACGAAAUGGUGCAGACGGAACUACGAACUCCGUAACAGAUUCACAUAAGGGAGGUGCUCAGUCCUCUUUGAGUCCAUCCCAACAUGCGUCAGCCUCUUCUGGCGACUCUUCUCGAUCCAACGAAUCCUCUGAGAAAACUGAAGAGACUCCUGGUCCAGCCUCAACUUCCGACAAUGAUGGCGAUGGAGGCCCGAACACAGCCAAUCAAGCCCAUUUGACUGGUGGUGAGAAACUUGACAGCGGCCAUCAAACAGAAGACGGAGACACGGACCCCAAUUUGCCCCUUGGAGAUUCGAAGGACGGUGAAGGCACCCACAGCUCUCCCACGCCACCUCCAGCCAAUAAAGAAAAUGUACCCAAAGUAACGGCAGAAGGAGAAAAAGCACCGGCGGUGUUGACGAGACAAGAAGAAUCGGAAGGAAAUCCAGAAGCAGAACCAGAGAAUGAACAGCGCAGCUCUGCGAAUGGCGUGUCAGUGCCGCAACCAGAAGCAGCACAACAAGGCGAAACUGAGGAUGAUAAUACGACGGAAAAAACACCAGACGAGGCCGCAGCUGCGAAAAAUGGCACAGCGACGCCUGACGACAGUGACGGCAGCACCGCGGCCUCCCACACCACCUCCCCUUUUUUGCUUUUGCUUCUUGUUGUUGUGUGUGCGGCUGCUGCUGCGGUGUUGGCCGCGUGA